GAGGGCUUUUUCUCUCAAAGCUCGCUGUCGUUGUCUCAGUGUUUCCUCGAUCCCCGUCAAGAUGAGAGCGGCUCUGCUGGUUGUUUAUCUCCUUCCUGCGCUGACAGCAAUAGCACAGUCAACACCAGCAGGGAGCAUUGACCCUGUGGUCUCUCUGAAAAAUGGGCGGAUCAGAGGGCUAUACGCGACAGUGAAAGGCACGGAGAGGAGGGUGAAGCAAUACCUGGGGCUCCCCUUUGCCCGUCCCCCGGUGGGGCCCCUCCGCCUGGCUGCUCCCCAGGAGGCAGAGCCCUGGGAGGGGGAGCGAGACUGCACUCAGCAGCCUCCCAUGUGCAUCCAGGAUCCAGAACUGAUUGUGAGCGUUUCUAGGACCAUGGCAGUGCAAUACACCCCACCAGAGCUGUCGGAGGACUGUCUGUAUCUGAACGUAUACACUCCAGCUGAGUCAACCAAAGGGGACAAAGUGCCGGUGAUGGUGUGGAUCCACGGAGGAGGUCUGUCAAUAGGUGCAGCUUCUCAGUAUGACGGCUCUCCAUUGGCUGCAUAUGAAAGCAUAGUGAUGGUUAUUAUUCAGUAUCGCCUCGGGAUCCUGGGAUUCCUGAGCACUGGAGAUGAGCACGCUCAGGGCAACUGGGGUUUCUUGGAUCAGCUGGCAGCACUGAGAUGGGUGCAGGAAAAUAUUGAGGCCUUUGGCGGCGAUCCACAAGCUGUCACAGUGGCUGGAGAAUCCGCAGGAGGCAUUAGUGCAUCAAUACUGACUCUGUCUCCACAAGCAAAAGGACUGUUUCAGAGGGCAAUUUUUCAGAGUGGAGUAGCAACACUUGGGACAUACGUUACAAGACAUCCUUUGGGUCCUGCCAAGAUUGUUGCCAACCUUACUGGAUGCGACCGCAGCAGCACAGAGGAAAUGGUUCAGUGUAUGAAGAGUAAAAGUAAAGACGAGCUAGUUGCUGCAACUAAAAAGAUGAGAAUCUACCUGGGAGCCGCGGUGGACGGAGUGUUUCUCACAGACACAGCAGAGGAGCUGCUCAAGAGGGGAGAAGUGCUGCGGGUUCCAGUGAUGAUGGGGAUAACCAACCAUGAGUUUGGAUGGAUCCUGCCUCAGAGCUUCGCCCCUCCUGGCUGGGAGAACGGCAUGAACAGAGAGUCUGUGCUGGCAGUGGUGAACAUGUUCUAUCCUACAGGGGUUUCCUCCGCCAACAACCUCAUCGCCGACGAGUACAUGAAGGACGCCAAAACGCCAGAGGAGAUCAGGGACGCGUUCACCGAGAUUGUGGGAGACCAGCUGAUGACGCUGCCUGUUGUCAAGGUGGCCGGAUACCACUCAGAUGUGGGUGUUCCGGUUUACAUGUAUGAGUUUGUGUACCGCGCUGAGAUCCACAAAGACACCAGGCCCAGCUUUGUGAGGGCAGAUCAUGGAGAUGAUGUCGUCUUCAUGUUCGGUGGAUGUUUCUGGAGCGGACAUACAGAAAUCAUAGGCAACAUCACCAAGGAGGAUGAAAGACUCUGUAGGACCAUGAUGUCAUACUGGGGCAGUUUCACCCGGACAGGCUCUCCCAACGGUCCCGGGCUCGUCGUUUGGCCUCAGUACGACACACAGAAGCAGGAGUACCUGGAGCUGGGCCUGACGCAGACAAUGAGACAGAAACUGAGGAAGGAUCGGGUCCAUUUCGCUACUGUGGUCCUACCUCAGAAGCUGGAACAGUUAGCAGCAGCAGCAGCCAAAGCUGGUAACUGAUCUCUGCAGGCUGCCAUGUUGUUCCUGUUGGUCCUAAGUUUGAGAGCUCUUGUGCUUCCUCACCAAAACUAAUUAUUAAUCUUAAUCACUGUCUGCACCCCUUUAUAUCUGUUUUAGAAUGGAUUUACUGACCUUCUUUUGCAAAUCUUUUAAUUCCAUGCAAGUGUCUUUUUUGACAUGUAUUUUGUAAAAUAGCUGUCAUUAAAGAAAACCCUUUUAUUGUAAAG